GUGGAGGUGUACAAUGGUUUCAUAUUUUCACAGUCAUUUGAGUUAACUAGUGAAGUACCUGGGUGACAUGUUCACAUGACUGCAUGCUGAUUAUUAGGCCUACUAACACAUUUCCUCUCACUGCCAUAUACCUAGAAAUGUCAUAGCCUAAUAAUAAUGCGACGCCUGCCAGGCUGCCACCCAUAAUGAAUGACAGCAGUGACACCCCAUUAUAAAUUGGUACCCCAUUAUAAAUUGGUAGCCCAUUAAUACGGAGUUGGCUCUCCCUUUGUGGUUGUAAGAUCUUCCAUUCUUUUAGUGAGAACAAGUGUGUUUGUGGAAAUGUUUUAUUCACUCAGUUAGGUCAGGCACUGAGAUGGGACAGAAGGCCUGGCUCACAAUCUCUCUUCUACUUCAUCCCAAGGUGUUUUAUGCCAUAGAGAAUGUUUUGAGCGGGUCAGUCAAGUUCUUCAACAAUAAACAACAGUGUCUUUAUGAACCUUGCUUUGUGCACUGGGGUACAGUCAUGUUGGAGCUAAAAAUGGCCAGACUGUUCCCAAAAAGUUGAAAGAAUAUAAUUGUCUAAAUGGACUAGUUGCACUGAGGAGCCAGGUGUGUUUGAACCUGCUGCUAUUCUGAGUUAGUGUCUGUCCUUCUUUAUCGUAAUGUGCUGAUUCACUACAGUAGGUGCAACACCCAACCGGGUCCAUGGAGACACUAAUUACUUUCAGAAGUGGCAGGUUCAAACACACCUCUACAGGAAUUAAAUGAGCUCCCCAAGAGCCUUUCAUGCGACUACUCAAUUGCCUUGGUAUAGUCUAUACGGUAGCAUUAAGAUUUCCCCUCAACAACAAACCACCUAGCCUUUGCCAUUAUCACUCCACCAGCAAGAUUUUGGUGGGGAAGAACUUGACUGGCUGGCAGAGAACACUAUUUUCUCUACAUCAUCAAACAUUUGGGGAUGUAUAGGCAUACUAAAGCAUUGCAAGUCAGGUCUUCUUGCCAACAUCAGUGCCUGGUCUCAGAUUGACAGUCAGAAUGAAUGGGGGGAAAAAUCCACUAACACUCUAAGAUCUUGUGGAAAUCCUUCCCAAAAGUGAAGCUGUCAGAGCUGUAAAGGGAGAACCUACUGAUUUAGAAUAUUAUAUGGGAUCACUGAAGUUUCUGUGGAUAUAAUAGCAGGCGUCCAAAUACUUUUGUCUAGUGUAUGAAUAUGCCUUCGGGUUGAAGAGAAAUUAUUUCAUUUUUGACAAGGACAUGUAAUCUUUAAGUCUUUUAAAAUUAUAACGUGAACGACAUCAUGUUAACCCCUUCAGACCCGCAUUUUUUCUGUUGGGCAAAAAAAAUAAUAUUCAGCUGAUUCUUACUCCUAUCCAAUGUAGAAAUAAAUGUGAAAAAAAAAUUUUUUGAAAAAUUAUUUCUUUCUAAGAUUUUUUUAAUGUCCAUUACAGUGGACAUCUCGACUAAACGGGUGUAAAAUGACGUGAGAACUUAGGGGAAAAACACUAUGUUUUUAACAUAGUAUUCUUGACACAAAUACUCCCACAUGACUUAUGCAUUUAGAACUGAAUGUUUUCAUGUGUCUAAAUGUUUUUAUAUGUCUGAGAGCAGGUCAAAACAUGCACAUUAAGUAAAAUAAUGUAUGAUUGUGUUUAAACUCUUAUGCAUAUGCCCCAUUUUUUGCCCGGCAUUGCACAUCAUCUACUUAGGAGGGCAUUGCUCCUACAUACUUUGGCCCAUCAAAUGACCUCUUUGGAAAGCUGAGACCCUGUAGUUUCUUAGGAAACAAUCAGGAUAGCUGUGUGAUCAAGUAUGUGUGUUUCUGUGUGUGUGUGUGUGUGUGUGUGUGUGUGUGUGUGUGUGUGCCUGUGUGCCUGUGUGUCUGUGUGUGUGUGUGUGUGUGUGUGUGUGUUUAUGUGUGGUUCUGUAUCUGUGUGUGUGUGUGUGUGUGUGUGUGUGUGUGUGUGUGCCUACAUGUGUGUGCAUGUAUCCUAUAUAUGUGUGUGUGUAUGCGUGUGUGUGUAAUGUACAGUCGCUACAUGCACACUACAUGGUCCCCCGUGAACCAAAUUGCACCAAACUUGGCAUACAUUCAGAGGGUCUCAUAAUGAUCCUACACUUUAAAUUUCAUGCUGUUUGGAACCUGUCAACCAAAGAUACCUGCGAUUACAAUGCCUCGCUUUACUUUCUCAAUUUUGACUAGGUGGCGCUAUACAUGAAAUUAGUUGUUAUGGGAUGGGUUGACAUGGCCCCUAGGCCCUAUGGUUUUGGAGAUAUUCACAGAAAACUGUGUCUGGCCAUAUACAGGCCAGUUGGUGUACAGUCACUAAAUGUACACAUAAAUUCAUUUAUUAUAUGGCCCCCCAUGAACGGAGUUCCAUGAACCUUGGCAUGCAUUCAGAUUCAACAUCUCAAUUUUGCUUCAUCAUUUUUAAUUAGGUUGCCCUAUACAUGAAAUGAGUGGUUAUGGGAUGGUUUGACAUGACCUCUUAAGACCAAAAUGUAAAAAAAUAUGGUCCUCCUACAUCCUACGGGGCUCAAGAUAUUCGCAGAAAACCAUGUCCGCCCUACCCUCCUUUUGGGGGGUCCAGUCCGGCAGGGGGGCCACGCAUCAAAACAAAAAACUAUGGUUCCAUGCUAUCCUUGUGGGCCUACAUGCCCACCAAGUUUAGUGUACCCUGGUCUUUCAGUGUCCCAGGAAUCCUUGACAGAAAAUUACCCAUACGAAUACAACUAGGUAACUAGGUGUUGGCUAACAUCUCCGAGUACCUGAUGGCCAUUGCAAUGGACAUUCAACUUUAAAAAAAUCCUGUACUACACUGUUAUGAAAUGUUUUCAAAUUUACUUCAUAUAUCAUCACUUUACAUGGUUAAAAGUAUAAUGAGUCCAAAAUUAUUAGGCUAGCAUACACAUAAAUUCAUAAUUAUGAGGGUUAAAACACGCUUACCCCUCCUCCUGUCAAGCUUCAGUGCCAUGCUUGUCUUAUCUGAUGUCUGAAGUGCUCUCAGAUCAAGUUACAGGUCAAAACUGCAUUCUGAUUGGAUCAUCAGUAUCCAAUCAGUAACACAUAAUUUUUAAAAUGGUGAAAUGACAGAUUUUUAUUGGUUUAGACCCAAUUAAACAUCAUGUCCAUUACAAUGGACGUGGGGUCCGAAGGGGUUAAACUCCCACCUCAAGCCCCGCCCUGUGGAGUAACUCCCCCUGUGACGGAACGACAGAGCAAGUUGGCUCGCGCUGCACAGUGGUGCAAAACGUGCCUUCAGUGUCAAAUAGUAAACAAUCAAAGAGGAUAAGGGGAUAUCGCAUACUUCUGUUGAUGUGCAUUGACAGACAGGUCGAUGUAGUAGUUCGCUACUAGGUUUGUGUCUAUCAGCUGGAUUGACAGGGGACAUGUAUGCAGUACUACACACUUUGAAUCAUUUGUGCUGAAGAAGGAUUGGCCGACAGAGAGACUGUUAAGUUGUUGCAUUGGGUUGAAACAGGCAUGUCUGUUUUUGUGUGUCAAUUUUGAGACACCUUUGUUUUUUGUUUUGUUUUAACUAUGGCUGAUAUCUGCAAAAUUGGAUGUAAUUUUUAGCCACACGUCCUACACUUCAGCUUCCAGAGGACGGCUCAAAGAAAUGGACGGCAUCCAGACCAGUAUGCAGAAGAAGGCUGCAGAGCUGGAACGCAUGGCCGAGGUGUUGGUUACAGGAGAGCAGUUGAGGCUCCGGCUGCAUGAAUGUAAGGUGAUCAAGGACCGCCGGCACCACCUCAGGACCUACCCCAACUGCUUCGUGGCCAAGGAGCUCAUCGAUUGGCUGAUGGAGCACAAGGAGGCCCCCGACCGGGACACGGCCAUCAAGAUCAUGCAGAAGCUGCUGGAUCAGAGCAUCAUCCACCACGUCCUUGAUGAACACAAGGAGUUCAAAGACAUGAAGCUCUUCUACCGUUUCCGGAAGGAUGACGGCACGUUCCCCCUGGACAAUGAGGCCAAGGUCUUCAUGAGAGGGCAGAGGAUAUACGAGAAGCUGAUGAGCAUGGAGAACGGCCUCCUGCAGACGCGCGAGGAGGAGGGCGGGACGUUCGAGCGGAGCCUGGCGGCGUCCGAGUUUGUGGAUUGGCUGCUGCAAGAGGGCGAGACGGCGACCAGGGAAGAGGCAGAGCAACUGGGGCGGAGGCUCCUGGAGCACGGCAUCAUCCAGCACGUCACCAACCAGCACCACUUUGUGGACGGAGGCCUGCUCUACCAGUUCCGCUUGAACUUCCGGCGGCGGCGGCGACUGAUGGAGCUCCUGAACGAGCGCUGCAAGACCAUCCCUGAGAGCCACGACAGCCCCUUCUGCCUGCGCAAGCAGAACAACGAGGGCGGCAACACCAGCUUCCUGUCAGUGAGUCCCACUAAGGAGAUCCGGGUGGUGUCGGCGGUGCGGCGCAGCAGCAUGAGCAGCAGUUGUGGCAGCAGCGGCUACUACAGCAGCAGCCCCACCCUCAGCAGCAGCCCGCCCGUGCUCUGCAACCCCAAAUCUGUGCUGAAAAGACAAGUGAACCCAGAGGAGCUGCAAACCCCUGGAGGCCCAUACAUGAAGAGGACAUUCACAAUAGUGGGGGAUGCUGUGGGCUGGGGCUUUGUGGUGCGGGGCAGUAAGCCCUGCCACAUCCAGGCUGUGGACCCCGGUGGGCCGGCCGCCGCCGCCGGCAUGAAGGUCCGUCACUUUGUGGUGUCCGUGAACGGCCUGAACGUCCUCGCGCUGGACUACCGCACCGUCAGCAACCUCAUCCUGACCGGGCCGCGGACCAUCGUCAUGGAGGUGAUGGAGGACCUCAAAUUCUGAUUGGCCGACCAACCCUCACGCCUCUCAGCAGGGCCGGCCCGUCGCCAGAGCAACACCACCCCCACGGAGCGAAGCAAGACUGGUGUCUGUCUGUGUCCCGCUGCUCUCCUGACAGACACCCUCCUCCUCCUCCUCCUCCUCCUCCUCCUCCUCUCCUCCUCCUCUUCCUCCUCUCCUCCUCCCUCCUGUGUCUGCUGCUCCUCUCUCCUCAGGCAGACGGCCUGAUAUGAGAUUGAGGGGAGAUGAGAGCUGACUGGCUCUCCUCAGUGUAGAGAGGACACGUUCUUUGUGCGCGAGACUCAUUUCAAACCCCUCUGCACUGAACACAGCGAACAUGCCCAAAGGAGAGCUUUGUCCCAGGAGACUCAAGGCUACCCUAAUUCCUCAGAAGGACACCAACCAUUUUGUAUAUUCCGAUUCCAACAGACGUUCAGUGUGGUCUGGGACAGUGCUGCUGUACCACAUGACAUUGUAUGACAUUAUAAACCCCAUCAGUCAUUUUGUUCAGCAGCAUCUCAUCACCUGGAUGGCUGGUUUCAUUUGUAGAAUCCACAACUAGGGGGAAAAUGCCACAACCGAACAGAAUUAAUGGUACUGGCUCAGACGCACAACGGCAGGAUUUGGCACGAGCGGUGACGGACACGUUGAAGGUGCACCACUGUUGCCACCUGUGGUCUGGUAAACAACGCAUACAGGGUUCAUUGAACAAAGCUCUAUACUGAUAACCAUGCCGUGUGGAUGGGAGACUCUCAGGCUUGGACAGCAGUGGUACUGUGUGUCAUUGCUGUUAGCACACUAACACCUGGAUUGUCACUAUCAAAGGGAUUGAUUGCCAAAGGCAAAGGUUUUGAGAACACUGCUUUGUGACAAUCAAAUGAGUCGUCUGAUCACAUGUUGUAACAUACCAGUACUUUCUUAUACAAUAUAUCCAAUGACAUCAUCACGUGACUCAGUUACCAGUCUUCUACUCAGUUACAUCUCAAAACAGGAACACAUCUGCCUACUGAAAACUCAGUGUAGUUUCAUGACAGAUGAUGCAGUUAAGGGGGGUACACACAUAAAGAUAAUUGGGCUGAUUUAACCCCGAUUUCCCCCCUUCCGACCAAAGACGGACAAUGGACGAUUAUCUUAAGAUCUUAAGAUUAUGUUAUGAGAUUCUCUUGUAGUGUGUGGUGUGUUAAGAGUCAACAUUCUCCCGACAAUAGCCUUUAUGACACGACGGAAAACGCUCAAACAUGUUUAAACAUAAUAUUUGCGACUGGAAAUCCUGUAGUGUGUUCCGAGGGCAGCCGAGAAAGAUUCUUUUAUCUUCAUGUGUGGGUUCUCUCACAGAUAAAAAAUCGGUUGAGAUUUAUAAAAUCGUUAUGUGUGUACCCCGCUUUACAGAGUUGACAUCAUUGAGAGGUAACUCUUUUACAGGGUCUUUAUACUGUAACCGUCACCUGUUAGUUUCUAACCGCCUGCAGUCAGUCCAAGUUAUUGUUUGGUGGACGGGGCGUUUAUCAUGGCCUGUGACAGACAACUACAGUAUGUGGAAACAGCCUGGGCACUCAGUGAGCACCGGUCUGUUGCAGGUCAAGCACUUAACACAUGCAUGCACUUAGUUACACGUACAGCACUCAUUCACAACUGUGGCCUAUUUAGCGUUGACCAGUCUUCUUUGGGCUUGCCGAGGCGGGGCUGCCCAGCUGGCCACAGGAAGACCACAGAUAGAAACACUGGGAUAUGAGCCUGACCUCCAUGAGCAGAGAACACCACUGUGCCACUUUCAAACUGUCCAACUGAACCUCUCCCCUUAAACGGUCCUCCUUUUUGAUCUGCUAAUACUCUGUGAAGGGGGUGAAUUUACUGUAAGCAGCUUUCAUAACCAGCAAUGCCAAAGCCAUCAGGUUUCGCUCCCAACACAUUUGUGUAAAUAUUGCUGCUAUUGGUCAUCUGAUUGUUUGAGGCUGAAACUGCAGCUGGCAGUUGGUUCAGCUUGGCAUUGUGAUGAGACAUGUCCUUGCCUGGUUGUGAAACCCAUUCCAGGGGAUGCAGAAUACAAGAAUAGCGUUAUAUUACCUACUAUGUAAUAACAUUCUACUAUCAUUCAAAUAAAAGGAGAAAUGCUCUGCUGAUAAUAUUUAUAUAUAUAUAUAUAUAUACAUAUAUAUAUUCAGUGAUUUUGAACUGGGUGCAUAAUGAUAUUGUGCCUAUAUUCACAGUACUACAGUUAAAAGUAUCAAAUAGAUUGUUCAUUCCACUACAAAUCACAAAUGGCAAUUACAGUCAAUUGAAAAUACCAACUCUUCAAAGGGAAUACUGUUGAGACACUCCAGAAAGCAAUACACAAUGGUGUACUGUAUAGAUCAAUCAUUAUUCUAACCCGUAGUAUUCCAGCAUUUAACCUAUUAGGCCUGUAUUCAUCAUGGCGUUAUCAAAUAACUGAUACACAACAGAAAUACUGGAAUACAGAGAAUACGGUUACAUUGGUUUUCUCGCUGGUAUUUUCUUUAUUGUGAAGAAGCAUUUCUCUUUUGUGAAUGUAGUGCUUUAAAAACGUCAUCGUUCAUGGUCCAUGAAAAGAUUUACCUGUACUGUAACUCACCAUUUUGCCAAAACAAUAUUUAAGGAAAUACUUGCAUAGUCCUACUGUAGAUUGGUGGCAUAGGAGAAUUUAGAAGUCCACUGUGUAGUUAAACAUCUCUUCCAUGUUGCUCUUGUCUGUAACCUUUGGUUACAUCUAUUCAAGCAGAGAGCUGUUGUUAGCAAAGACAUGUAGUUAUAACCUUAUGACUAUGUAGUACAUCAGUCCGUACAUCAACACCUUAAGUGGUAUAUUAAUAUAGAAUAUUGUGGUAUUUUAAAUGGAUGCAGAAAAUACAAAACUGUAGCGACUGUACUUAAAUAAGAAAGCAGUCAUAGUGUACUCCCAACCCAACAGUGUAUAUAAGACUGUUAAGAAGAAGAAGAAGAAAAAACAUUUUUAAAAGACUGUUUUAACCUUUUUGGAGAAGUGUGUGUGAUAUGGUCGGAAUAUGUUAAAGUGUGCAUGAUGAUUACAAAAGGAAAAUAGAAACACUAUGUGUUUGAUACAGUAUGUGCUUACUACAAAGUUCACAAGUAACAUCUGUUAAUGUGGAGCUGUCGCUUGUGUCGUAUAGUGGACUGUGACACUCUUUCACGUGUUGUCUAGUCGCCAUCUCUGAGGAUGUUGAUGUUUGUUUUUUUUUCUCGCUCACUUUGUUCAGUCCUCAUCCACACAAGCUGAUGAAUGUUGUGAGAGUGGCCUAACCUCAUGACCUAAAAAUGUGUUGAUGGUUUUGCUUUUAACGACAAAACCGUGUCAGACCAACACAACUUUAAAUGCAAAGACAGUAUCAUGAGGCCUCAGAGUAGCCCUUCCCAUCCCUGUUGAGAAAUUGCCCUUCUCGACUCUCCAAUGUAUCAGUUCACACUUUCAAGUACAUAUUUCAUUAUUUCUGGCUACCUCUUUGCAAAAAAAAAAUUACAAAAGUUGUCAGUGAUAAUCAAAAUACUUGCAACAUGUUGGAUGACACAAGCACAAGAUGUUUCUCUAAUUGCAUAACACCAAUGUUGCUAAGCAAGGGUCAGCUAUUUCACUUGUAUAUUCUCAUGUGAAAAUGCAUGAUAAACCCUUGCCAAUCUUCAAACCAGAUACUCAAACCAGCCAUUACAAUAUCUGACAAUCGGUGUUUGCUUUUCUCCCCCGACACAGAACACCGUAAUCCCGUCAUAGUCAUACAGCUACAAACCUGCCAUGAUUGAGACGCCUCUUGAGGAAGGACGACUAGCUUUGUGAAUCUCCCACAGUCGGUCUUUGAUGGGCUGUUAAAAGUGGCUGCUGCGUUCAGGGCUCUGAGAAGGCUUGGGGUGAUGGGGUGGUGAGAGAGCCAGAGCACUCCAGUGCGUAUCAGUGUGGUCUGUAAAGUGGGAGAGAGCAGAGAGCUGAUUUAACGCUCUCCAGUGCCACAUCUGUCUUGCAGUGCAGCUCUUUUGCCACGUCUCAUGUUUGUUCAUAAACAGAUUUAUUAAACAUUCUCUGUUGACUCGUUUUUCUCCCAUGAAUAAAUUCAACUGAAGUUA